CGGGGUCUUUACCUCUUGCUCCCGCCAGAGUUUGGGAUCCGUCUCUAGUGUUCCGCGUCCUCCACUUCGGGAGCCCCUGGUGACUCUGUCACAGCCUCUGUUGACCUAUGAUCUGCAGGGAGACGCACAGCCAGGACAUCCUGGAACCUGGGAAAGGGUAUUGCUGUCUCUAAGCCAGACCUGAUCACCUAUCUGGAGCAAGAAAAAGAGCCCUGGAAUAUGAAGUGACAUGAGAUGGUGGAUGAACCCCCAGUUAUAUGCCCUCAUUUUGCUUAAGACCUCUGGCCAGAGCAGGGCAUGGAAGAUUCCUUUUAAAAAGUAAUACUGAGAAGAUAUGAAAAAUGUGGACAUGAUAAUUUACUGUUGAGAAAUGGCUGUAAAAGUGUGGAUGAGUGUCACGUGCACAAAGAAAGUUAUAAUGGACUUAACAAGUGUUUCACAACUACUCAGAGCAAAGUAUUUCAAUGUGGUAAAUGUUUGAAAGUCUUUUAUAAAUUUUUAAAUUCAAACAAAAAAGAUAUACUAGAAGAAAACCUUUCAAAUGUAAAAACUGUGUCAAAUCAUUUUGCAUGCUUUCACACAAAACCCAACAUAAAAGCAUUUAUACUAGAGAGAAGUCCUACAAAUAUAAAAAAUGUGGAAAAACCUUAAAUUGGUCCUCAAUCCUUACUAAUAAUAAGAAAAUUCAUACUGAACAGAAACCUUACAAAUGUGAAGAAUGUGGCAAAACUUUUAAGCAACACUCAACCCUUACUACAGAUAAAAUAAUUUAUGCUGAAGAAAAACUUUACAAAUGUGAAGAACGUGGCAAAGCGUUUUGCCAGUCCUCAACACUAACUAGAUAUAAGAGGAUGCACAGAAGAGAGAAACUCUACAAAUGUGAAGAAUGUGGCAAAGCGUUUACCCAGUUUUCAACCCUUACUAAACAUAAGAGAAUUCAUACUAGAGGGAAGCAUUACAAGCGUGAAGAAAGUGGCAAAGCAUUUAUCUGGUCCUCAGGCGUUACUGAACAUAGGAGAGUUCAUACUAGACAGAAACCCUGCAAAUGUGAAGACUGUGGCAAAGCAUUCAUUCAAUUCUCAAUCCUAACUAGACAUAAGAGGAUACACACUGGAGAGAAACCCAACAAAUGUGAAGUAUGUGGCAAUCAUUUUAGCCAAAACUCAAACCUUACUAUACAUAAGAUAAUUCAUACUGAAAAGAAACCCUACAAAUGUCAAGAAUGUGGCAAUGUUUUUAGCCAGUCCCCACACCUUACAUACGAAUUACAUAAGGUAAUUCAUACUGGAGAGAGACCCUACAAAUGUGAAGAAGGUGGCAAAGCAUUUCUAUGGUUCACUACCUUAACUGGUCAUAAGAGGAUGCACACUGGAGAGAAACCCUACAAAUGUGAGGAAUAUGACAAAGCUUUUAGCCAAUCAUCAAUCCUUACUAGACAUAAGAAAAUUCGUACUGGAGAGAAACCCUACAAAUGUGAAGAAUGUGGCAAAGCUUUCAGCCAAUCCUCAACCCUUACUACACAUAAGAGAAUUCAUACUGGAGAGAAACCCUACAAAUGUGAGGAAGGUGGCAAAUCUUUUAACCUGUCUUCAAGCUUUACUAAACAUAAAGUAAUUCAUAGUGGAGUAAAACCCUACAAGUUUGAAGAAUGCGGCAAAGCCUUUAGGCAGUCUUCAAUUUUUGCUAACCAUAAGAGAAUUCAUACUGGAAGGAAACCCUACAAAUGUGAAGAAUGUGGCAAAUCUUUUAACCUGUCUUCAAGCUUUACUAAACAUAAGGUAAUUCUUACUGGUUUAAAACCCUACAAAUGUGAAGAAUGUGCCAAUGCCUUUUCCUGGUCCUCAGCUCUAACUAAACAUAAGAAUAUUUAUACUUGAAAGCAUCCCUACAAAUGGGAAAAAUUUGGCAAAGCCUUUAGUCCUUACAACUUAAUACACAUAAGAUAACAUAUUGAAGAGAAAUAUUACAAGUGUGAAUAAUGUGUCAAAGCCUAUAAAAAGUCCU